AUGGAACAACAGUGUCGCAGUUAUACUUACUCCGUUGUUAAGCCUAUGCUAGAUUACUUGCGCCAAGUGAGCGAAGAUUUAAUGGAAAGUGAAUCGAAAGAUAGAAUCAUUAAGGACUUAAGAGAAAAGUUAGUUCAGCAGGAAAUAAAUGAGGCAUUGAUAAAAGAAUUGCGAUCUCAAAUCGAUUUCCAAAAGAGAAUAGAUAGUAUUUUAACAGAUAGCAAUGAGAAAUGUAAAGACGAAUUAGCGAGUAAAUCUGCGGAGUUAGAUAGAUUAAAUGUUGAAAUCAAAAAACUAAAUUCAAGUCUUCUUGAUAAGGACAAAGAAAUUGCAAAGAUUAAUAUCAGUGAUAAAUCAGAAUUAAAAGAGCCGAAAAAGAAUAUACAAACGACAGAUAAUAGUCUGCAAUUUAGUGAGAAAUUGCAGUCUCAGAUUGAUUUACUCAAACAACAACUUUUUGAAGAAUGUAAAAUGAAUUCAGCAGAAAAAUUCAACAAAUUAGAAAAUUGUGAACAUGAAUUCAAGAAAAUAAAUUCUAGUCCUAAUAAAAAGGAUGAAAGUGUGGCAAAUAAUCAGAAAACUGUAGAGUUACAAACAGAGGCGAGUCAAAAUAAGUCAGAAAUUAUUAAAUUAAAUAAUAAAAUUCCAUCAAGUUGUAUUCCCUAUGUCCAGGGUGUUCACGAAAUCAGCUUUGAUGAUUUAGGUUCCUUUGAUGUUCUAUGCGAUAGUCAGUUAGUUGGACCAGGUGCGAUAGUCAUACAACAGCGAGUUGGUGGAGAUGAGGAUUUCAAUAGAGAUUGGGCCACCUAUCGUGAAGGAUUCGGUUCCAUGCAAAGCGACUUUUUCCUUGGAUUGGAGAAAAUCCAUCGUCUGACAAGCUCUCGACCCCACGAGCUUUAUGUGCAUCUGGUUGCCUUAAAUGGCACCGCAUAUUACGCUCAUUACGACGACUUUCAAAUAGCUAACGAAAGGAAUGGUUACCGACUACGUUUGGGUAAAUACAAUGGAAACGCAAGCACUGACGAUUGCCUUAGACGCCACCGAAGCAUGAAAUUCUCAACAUACGAUCGCGACAACGACGUUGGUUACAAUUAUAGCUGUGCUCUUAAUAACCAUUCUGGCUGGUGGUUUGAACAUUGCUAUCAGUGUAACUUAAAUGUAAGAAAUGGGAGAGAGCUAAAAUGGUAUUCGAUUGACCUUAAAGAAGUUAAGAUGCUUAUUCGCCCCAAGCAAUAAAUGAAGGAGUAAAAUAAAUCAUAAAUAUUUGGAUUUAGGAUUACAAAAAAGAAUAUAUACACUAUUAACACAAAGAACUUUAUCUAACCAACUUGAAAACAUCCAUAAAAUCGAUUAUAAACAUUAAAGUUAUGCAAUAAGCAAACCAAAUUUAAACUUGAUUUUUGUAAUGAUUGAUUUUUUUCUUUUUAUAAUUAUUUUCGUACACAAGUUUCUUUAUA